UCGAGCCUGCCCUUCUGUCGGGGCGACCUGCCGCGGGCGAAGCGCGUCGCGGACCUCGUGGAUCGAGUCGAGCCGGACGAGGUGCAGAAGCUGCUCGUCAACGGCGCCGCGGGCCUGCCCCGGCUCUGGCUCCAGCCGCACAACUGGUGGAGCGAGGCGCUCCACGGCGUCCAGGCCGGCUGCGCGCAGGCCGACGACGGCUCGAGCCGCUGCCCCACGGGGUUCCCCGCGGCGAUCUCGACGGCGGCGUCGUUCAACGCGACGCUCUUCCGCGCGGUCGGCUCGGUCAUCGGCGCGGAGGCGCGCGCGCUGGCCAACGAGGGCGUCACGAACGGCUUCACGUUCUGGUCGCCGAACCUGAACAUCCUCCGGGACCCGCGGUGGGGCCGGGGCCAGGAGACGCCCGGCGAGGACCCGCUCCUCAACGGCAAGUACGGCGAGAACUUCGUCUUGGGCUUCGAGCACCCGGACGGGUCCAGCGGCGACGCCAUCGCCGCGUCGGCCUGCCCGAAGCACUUUUUUGCCUACAACCUCGAGAACUGCUUCAAGGUCAAGGACAACUGCCGCCACACCUUCGACAUGGCGAACCUGAGCCAGGGCGAGCUCGAGGCCACGUACCUGCCGCCCUUCGAGCAGGCCAUCAGCUCGGGCAAAGCGUCGGGCCUCAUGUGUUCCUACAACGCCGUCAACGGGACGCCGUCCUGCGCCAACGCCUGGGGCAUCGAGACGCUCGCGCGCGGCAAGUGGGGCUUCGAGGGCUACGUGACGUCCGACUGCCACGCGGUC